CAGAGAGGAAGAAGAACUAUUUACACAACUGACUUCACUGGAAAUCCUGCAAAUAAAUGGAAUGCCACCACCAGAGCACAUCCUUUCAAACAUUCACAAUUUCAAAGAGCUGAAGGAACUAGAGGUAGAAUGCCAACUGGUAAAUGGGACAUCAUUGGAUUUUUGCCAGAGGAAUUUAAAAGCCUUCAAAGAAUUGAAAAGCUUGUAUUUAAGAAUGAGAACAUGGAAACACAGUGUGAACAACUGGGAAAAAUGAUUGAACACUUUCCCAAUCUGAACUCUUUCACGAUACAAUGUAAUCAUUGUUCUGAAUUUGAGAAGGUUAUCACUUCUUUAUGUCAGAAUACAAAAAUGGAAACUCUCUGUAUUAAGAAACCAAUGCUAAACAGCGAACUAAUC